AUGGCCGCCGAGUCCUCUAAUCCUCGAACCGUCGAAGAGAUCUUCAAGGAUUUUAGCGGUCGUCGCUCUGGUUUUCUUAAAGCUCUCUCCUUAGAUGUUGACAAAUUCUACUCUUUAUGCGAUCCGGAAAUGGAGAAUCUGUGUUUGUACGGACACCCGAAUGGGACGUGGGAAGUGAAUCUUCCGGCGGAGGAAGUGCCUCCGGAGCUCCCUGAGCCAGCGCUUGGGAUCAAUUUCGCAAGAGAUGGUAUGCAACGUAAAGACUGGCUCUCGUUAGUCGCUGUCCACAGUGAUUGUUGGUUGCUCUCUGUUUCUUCCUACUUCGGCGCUCGGCUUAAUCGCAGUGAGAGGAAACGCUUAUUCAGUCUGGUCAACGAUCUCCCAACUCUCUUUGAAGUAGUGACUGGUAGGAAGGCCACUAAAGAUAAACCAAGCUUGGAUCUUGGAAGCAAAUCCAAAAACGGCGUCAAGAGAUCAAUUGAAGGGCAGGCGAAGAGCACACCGAAACUGAUGGAAGAGAGCUAUGAAGACGAAGAAGACGAGCAUGGAGACACACUCUGUGGAAGCUGUGGAGGGAACUACACAAACGACGAGUUCUGGAUCUGCUGCGAUGUGUGUGAACUUUGGUACCAUGGAAAGUGUGUGAAGAUAACACCAACCAAAGCAGAGAGCAUCAAGCAGUACAAAUGCCCUGCUUGCUGCACUAAGAAAGGAAGACAGUGA